AUGGAGAAAGGAAUAAAUGCAAGAUGGCUCCUCAUAUAAAAACAGUCUUCUGGGUCAUCCUCAACGUGCAACUAAAUAACUCGCUUGUUUCGAUUCGGUUAAAAUAUUUAUCCGCGAAGAGUUCUGAAGGGUAAACCGAGCAUCAGCUUUCUGGUGUUAGCUAACCUUUAACUGGACACAGCGGCACAGGAAUAGCGGGACCAACGUUGAAGACAUGAGCUGGGUGUCUUCGUAGACGGGCGGUCAGAUAACCCUGCUGGGCCUCGGCUAGUUAGCGGCUGUUGCUAACUAGCUAAAAGGUUCACCUGCUGGGACUAAUUUGCUCUGGUAACGGGAGGUUUUAUGGGAAGAAAAAUAUAAAUUUACCGACGACGUGUUGAAUGUGGACGUGGAAGGUAAUAAAGAAGUAACCAUGGCUGUCUCCAGACUUGAUCGCUUGUUUAUCUUGCUGGACACUGGAACAACACCAGUUACAAGGAAAGCAGCAGCCCAGCAGCUUGGAGAAGUGGUCAAACUUCACCCACAUGAGCUCAACAACCUUAUGUCCAAGGUCUUGACCUAUCUAAGGAGUCCAAGCUGGGACACUCGGAUUGCAGCAGGCCAGGCUGUGGAGGCCAUAGUUAGGAAUAUUCCUGAGUGGCAGCCAGCUCCCAGGCCUAAAGAUGAAUCUUGUGCAGAUUUGUCUCUGGAGGACUCCUAUGACCGCUUAAAUUUUCACCACUUUGACAUUUCUCGCCUCCUGAAACACGGAGCGUCUCUGCUUGGAUCAGCUGGAGCGGAGUUUGAGCUGCAAGAUGACAAAACUGCUGAGAUGGACCCCAAGGAGCGUCUUGGACGCCAGAGAAAGCUUCUUCAGAAGAAGCUGGGCCUGGACAUGGGCGCUGCCAUUGGAAUGGACACAGAGGAGCUGUUUAAUGAUGAAGACCUGGACUGUUCCUGUCAAACGAGUGUGCUUAGACCUCAAGAAACCAAGGUUACAGCUGGCUGUAGCUCUCUCAACCAUGUGACCAUUCAUGCUGCUGAACUCAUCGACUCAGAAUUCCGACCCGGGAUGAGCAGUCGUCAGAAGAACAAAGCCAAGAGAAUGGCUAAACUAGUGGCAAAGCAAAAAUCCAGAGACUUGGAUCCUAAUGAAAAAAGUAAUGACAGCUUUGAAGGUGAACCCGAGGAGAAACGACGAAAAACAACCAACGUCGUCAUUAACCAGCCCGCAGCAGAACAUAAAGUCGUAAUAGACAACAUUCCAAGUAACUCCAGUCUUCUGGAGGAGACGCAGGAGUGGCCUCUGGAGAGCUUUUGUGAAGAGCUGUGCAAUGAUCUCUUCAAUCCGUCAUGGGAGGUUCGUCAUGGUGCUGGCACGGGUCUUAGAGAGAUCCUCAAGUCCCAUGGAGCUGGUGGUGGGAAGGUAGUAGGAAGCACAUUGGAGCAGAUGUUGAGACAGCAUCAGGAGUGGAUAGAAGACUUGGUCAUCCGUCUGCUUUGUGUCUUUGCUUUGGACCGCUUUGGAGACUUUGUGUCUGAUGAGGUGGUGGCUCCUGUCAGGGAGACGUGUGCCCAGUCUCUUGGUGUUGCCCUUCGCCACAUUAAUGAAAGCGGAGUGUCCAAAACAGUGGAGGUCCUGCUAAAGCUGCUGAAGGAUGACCAGUGGGAGGUUCGUCAUGGAGGCCUGCUCGGAAUCAAAUAUGCCUUGGCUGUUCGUCAGGAUCUGAUUCCGGUUUUACUGCCUCGGGUGCUUCCUGCCAUCACAGAGGGUUUACAGGACCUGGAUGAUGACGUCAGAGCUGUUGCUGCUGCAGCCCUCAUCCCAGUGGUGGAGGGUUUGGUGCAGCUGUUGCCCAAUAAGGUACCUUUCAUAGUGAACACAUUAUGGGAUGCACUUUUGGACCUGGAUGACCUCACUGCUUCCACCAACAGCAUCAUGACGUUGCUGUCCCUACUGCUGACCUACCCACAGGUCCGACAGUGCAGCCUGCAGCAGUCACUCACCAUCCUGGUUCCUCGCGUUUGGCCGUUUUUGAGACAUACAAUAUCAUCAGUUAGAAAAGCAGCUCUGGAAACCCUUUACACACUUUUGUCCAAGGCUGAUCAGAGCUGCGCUGUCUGGAUUAACCCCAUAUUACAAGAUAUGCUGCGACACAUCUUCCAAUCCUGCAUAUUGGAGAGCAGCGAGGAAAUCCUGGAACUGAUACAAAAGGUGUGGAUGGAGCUGCUGUCUCAGGCCCCUCAGCAGUAUGUGGUAGCAGCCAGCUGUCCCUGGAUGGGAGCCUGGCUCUGCCUCAUGAUGCAGGCCUCUCACAUUCCUAUAGAUCUGAGCAUGCUGCUGGAGGUGAAGGCUCGCUCCAAGGAUAAAAGUGGGGCCAAGUCACGCCAAGGAACCAACCAGGUCAGUCAGGUAAAAGAGACCAUUCAGGAGUACAUAGCUGGUGCUGAGACAGUAACUGAAGACUCGAUGACACGAGACUACGUUGUGGUUCGCGCUCGACUCAUGGCAGCCAAGUUGCUGGGGGCUCUGUGUUGGUGCAUAUGUGACCCUCAGCUCAACUCUGUAUCUCAGGAAAUCAGACCAGCAGAGUCUCUGGGCCAGCUGCUGCUUUUCCACCUCAAUUCCAAGUCUGCCCUGCAGCGAAUAGCAGUGGUGCUGGUGCUUUGUGAGUGGGCGGCGCUGCAGAAGGAUUGCCAGCUGGUGUCGUCCAUGGUGCAGCCUCGGCUCCUGGCCAUCCUGACAGAGCAGCUGUACUACGAUGAGAUCGCCAUCCCUUUCACACGCAUGCAGAAUGAAUGCAAACAGCUGAUUGCAUUGCUGGCUGAUGCACAUAUAGACCUCCAAGACAGACUCCAUUGUAGUGUUUUCACCAUCGAGCAAGCAAACGAACUGGUAACCACCACGUUUGCAGAGACGACGUCAGGUCUGAACGUGAAGUCCAAGCAGUGGCUGUCUCUGGAGAGUAAACGGCAGCAAGCUCAAUCUACGGUGAUGGAGACGAACAUAGAGUGGCAGCAGCUACAUCAGCGUGUCCACAUGUUUACAGCAUGUGCUGUCAUCAGCCUGCAGAUGCUUCCUGACAAGCUCAACCCCUUGGUCCGGCCUCUGAUGGAAGCCAUCAAAAAAGAGGAAAACAUCCUGAUCCAGAGCUAUGCUGCUUCUUUUAUAGCCAAGCUUCUGCAGCAGUGUGCUGGUCGUUCACCAUGCCCCAACCCCAAGAUCAUCAAAAACCUCUGUGCCUCGGCCUGUGUGGACCCUGCUGUCACACCCUCAUCGUCGUGUCCUGUUCCCCCACCACAGGAAAAUAUCAAAGGAGGCGUGUUGGAGAAGGAUGGCGUCCACCACAUAGUUGACAAAAGCCAAGGCAUCAUCACCCUGUACCGCCAUCAGAAGGCUGCGUUUGCCAUUACCAGUAAGAGGGGUCCGGCGCCCAGAGCCCCAAAGACCUCCACCACAGAACUUCCUCCAGGCAGCACAAUGAGCACCGAUAGCGAUGAGAGCAAGAGGCCACUUUUGGUUCAGCGGCGUGGAGCAGAGUUCACCUUAACAACCAUCAGCAAACACUUUGGUGUGGACCUCACCAGGUGUCUACCAUACCUGUGGGAGAACACCGUUGGGCCUUUAAAGUCAGUGGUGACAGAAAAUCUAUGCAUCGACAGACAGGUCCAGCUGGAGAGGGGCGAUCUAGCAGCUCAGGAACUGGUCAACUCUCUGCAAGUUCUGGAAGUCAUGGCAGGAGCCAUGGCUGCUGAGCUCAGGCCACUGUUACUGGAACACCUACCUCAUCUUUUCACCUGCCUACAGCACCCGUACACAGCAGUUCGGCACAUGGCAGCACGCUGUGUGGGUGUGCUGAGUAAGAUGGCCACCCUGGAGACCAUGAACAGCUUCCUAGAGUGUGUGCUCCAUUGGUUAGCUGCUAUUGACGACCGCACCAAACAGGAGGGCUCCAUCGAGGCUUUAGCAUGUGUCAUGGAGCAGCUGGAUGUGGACAUUGUCCCCUACAUCGUGCUGCUGGUGGUUCCUGUGUUGGGUCGAAUGAGCGACCCUAGUGACAGCAUCCGUUUCAUGGCCACUCAGUGCUUUGCUACGCUGAUCCGCCUGCUGCCGCUGGAGGCAGGUAUUCCAGACCCCCCCACGAUGUCUGCUGACCUGAUUCAGCAGAAAGCAAGGGAGCGUCAGUUCUUGGAGCAGCUGCUGGAUGGCAGAAAGUUGGAAAAUUAUAAGAUUCCUGUUCCAAUUAAAGCAGAGCUAAGGAAAUACCAGCAGGAUGGAGUAAACUGGCUGGCUUUCUUGAACAAAUACAAGCUUCACGGGAUUCUGUGCGAUGACAUGGGUCUGGGAAAGACGCUGCAGUCCAUCUGCAUCCUGGCAGGAGAUCAUUACCUCCGGGUGCAGGAAUAUGCCAAGACAAAGGCUCCUGACUGCAGCCCACUGCCCUCUCUGGUGGUGUGUCCUCCCACCCUAACGGGACAUUGGGUCGACGAAGUGGCAAAGUUCUGCAGCAACGAGUUCCUGAACCCGCUGCACUACACUGGGCCGCCAACGGAACGGAUGCGGUUGCAGCUUCAGGUUAAAAAACACAACCUCAUCGUAGCUUCCUAUGAUGUCGUACGCAACGACAUCGACUUUUUCAGAAAUAUCAAAUUUAAUUACUGUAUCCUUGACGAGGGUCAUAUAAUCAAAAACGGGAAAACCAAACUUUCCAAAGCCAUUAAACAGUUAGCUGCUAACUUUCGUAUCAUCUUAUCAGGAACCCCCAUUCAGAACAAUGUCCUGGAGCUCUGGUCCUUGUUUGACUUCCUCAUGCCGGGAUUCCUCGGAACAGAACGGCAGUUUGCUGCGCGCUACGGUAAACCAAUUCUAGCUAGCAGAGACGCCAAGAGCUCCUCCCGAGAACAGGAAGCAGGUGUUUUAGCGAUGGAAGCCUUACAUCGGCAGGUGUUGCCGUUCCUCUUGAGGAGGAUGAAGGAGGACGUCCUCCAAGAUCUUCCUCCUAAAAUAAUUCAAGACUAUUACUGCAACCUGAGCCCCCUACAGAUUCAGCUUUAUGAAGACUUUGCAAAGUCUAGAGCAAAGGCCAAUGUGGAGGACAGCAUCUCUCAUGCUUCUAACGAGGAGGAGGAGAAGCCCAAACUGAAAUCCACAGGCCACGUAUUUCAGGCUCUGCAGUACCUGAGGAAACUCUGUAACCACCCCAGCUUGGUUCUGACUCCUCAGCAUCCUGAGUUCAAACGGAUCACCGAGCAGCUGACUGCUCAGAACUCCAGCUUACGCGACAUCCAGCACGCGCCCAAACUCUCCGCCCUUAAACAGCUGCUGUUGGAUUGUGGUCUUGGAAAUGGUGGAGGACCAGAGGGGACCACCGAGGCAGUCGUGGCCCAGCACCGCGUGCUCAUCUUCUGUCAGCUGAAAAGUAUGUUGGAUAUCGUGGAGCAUGAUCUGCUCAAACCCAAACUGCCUACAGUAACUUACCUGAGACUAGAUGGCAGUGUUCCAGCUGGACAGCGCCACUCCAUCGUCUCCAGGUUUAAUAAUGAUCCCUCCAUCGAUGUGCUGCUGCUCACCACCCACGUUGGAGGUCUAGGCUUGAACCUCACAGGAGCUGACACCGUGGUGUUUGUAGAGCAUGAUUGGAACCCCAUGAGAGACCUGCAGGCUAUGGAUCGGGCUCACAGGAUAGGGCAGAAACGAGUGGUGAAUGUCUACAGGCUGAUCACACGAGGAACGUUGGAGGAGAAGAUCAUGGGGCUGCAGAAGUUCAAGAUGAGCAUCGCUAACACUGUCAUUAACCAGGAGAACACCAGCCUGCAGAGCAUGGGCACAGACCAGCUGCUCAACCUCUUCACUCUCGACAAGGAGGAAAAGUGUGAGAAAGGUGAGCAGUCGUCGUCCACCUCGGGGAAGUCGUCCAUAAAGUCUGUUCUGGACAGUCUGGGAGAGCUGUGGGACCAGCAGCAGUACGACACGGAGUACAACCUGGACAGCUUCAUCAACUCUCUGGAGUAGAACUGAACCAUGUGCAGGUCAAGCAAGGCCUGGCCCCGGUCUGGGCUGUUGAUGAAGAUCUCAGCUCUGUCAGCAACAGGGAGAACGUUGUUGCAACAUUCUCUUUCUUCUCUGGACCUUCCACACGUCAAGAGGAAAAUGACCAGUGUUGGUUUGCAUCAUGUCCAGCAGGUGCUGAUCCUCCUCCACAGCCCAGCUCAACAGUGUUGGGACAACCCCACUCAGCCCUGAAGUCUUAAUGGGGAAGAUGAAACGUUUUUGUAUGACAAAGGGAACCUGGGAGUGAAAAACCGUAGAUCUGUUCUCCGAUCUCCUGCAGGAGAACUCUGGAACGUUUUCUCAGAUGUUUUAAGGGAUUUCUAGGCUUGUACAUAUUUCUGUAAUUGCUUCUUUUUGUUUGAUUGUGGAACCGAAAUAAAUUCUACAUAACUUUAAA